UCCCUCGCCAUUCACGUGCCGGAGCCCGGGGCUGGGGGGUGCAAAGAACCCGGGCUGCACUGGAAGCCAGGGAUGGCUGUUGCAUUUGAAACCAGGGCUCCUUGAUGCAUUUGAAACCCAGGGGGAUUUUUUUUUUCUUUCUCUGGCAUCUGAGAAAAUUAAAUGUCUGAAUUCUUCUUCCUCUGCCCGGUCUCGCUACUAGAGAGAGGCAGCUGGGGAAGCUGUGUUUUUUUUUCACUCGAGAUGACUGCAGCGGGGAGCUGAGUGGAGAACCCCACUUUCUCCCACCCCCACCCCUCAUGUCCCUUCACAGCAAGUGACAGGAAGGAAGUAAAGUUUGCAAGCAACCUGCAGCAACAGUAACUUUCUGUACAAGUCUCCCAGUGCCACACAGCUGCCUGGGCUCAAGGUGCCUUUGAUGUGUGUGCAGCAGCUUCUGAAAAGUGGACUGCAGCUUUCCCAUCCCAUCACCUCCCCUCCCACCACCACCUCAGCCCACACAUGCGAUUUGUUUAAGAAAAGUGAUGAAAUGAACAAGAAGUGAUGAAUUACGGGCGAGUUUCCCUAAAGAGAGAUUGGAACCAGGAGCUUGGGGGAGCGGAUCGCAGCCAGCACAGAAGCUUGCAAGGGGAAGAGAUCUCUGUUGCCCUUUUUUUUUGCAACAGAAAGGAAUUGAUCUGGGGCUGGGUGUUAAUGUAUGUUAGCGGCGAUAUGCAAAAGGCUCUAUCUGCUUGUAUUUGACUUGCAAUGCCGGCGUCUCUCUGGGAUGCAAACCGUUGCACAGGAUGAAAACAGGUCAGUCUUCUAGAAUGCCUGAGGAAAAUUCCCCAAGACGGAGUCCUCAGAAUAUCCCUUAUCAGGACCUCCCUCAUAUGGUCAAUGCAGAUGGACAAUAUCUUUUCUGCAGAUAUUGGAAACCAGCCACAACUCCAAGGGCCCUCGUAUUUAUCGCUCAUGGUGCUGGGGAACACUGCGGCCGCUAUGAUGACUUAGCCCAGAUGCUGACAGGACUUAACUUGUUUGUAUUUGCUCAUGACCAUGUUGGCCAUGGGCAGAGCGAAGGUGACCGCAUGGUCGUGUCAGAUUUCCAUGUUUUCAUCAGAGACAGCUUGCAGCACAUUGAACUCAUGAGGAAGGAUCAUCCAGACCUCCCAGUUUUCAUUCUGGGGCAUUCCAUGGGAGGAGCCAUCUCCAUCCUAACUGCCUGCGAGAGACCAACCGAGUUUUCAGGCCUGGUGUUAAUUUCUCCUUUAGUUGUAGCAAGCCCAGAGGCAGCGACGCCUAUCAAGGUUUUUGCAGCUAAAGUGCUCAACUUUGUUCUACCAAAUCUGACGCUGGGAGCUAUAGACCCAAAUGUGGUUUCCCGGAACAAAAAGGAGGUUGAAUCUUACACCUCAGACCCCCUGGUCUACCAUGGGGGCAUGAAGAUCUCCUUUGUCAUCCAGCUGAUGAAUGCCAUUGCCAAAAUAGAACGAUCCCUGCCUAAACUGACUCUGCCAAUCCUGGUGCUACAUGGUUUGCCUGACAAGCUCUGCGACAUCAAAGGUUCCUACUUACUGAUGGACACCGUGCAGAGUCAGGACAAAACACUCAAGGUGUAUGACGAGGCCUAUCAUGCUCUCCAUAAAGAGCUGCCCGAGGUCAGCACUGCUGUGUUUAAGGAAAUACUAACAUGGAUUGGUCAGAAGGUCUCAGCAGCUGGAGGACCCAGCAACACUUAAGCCGCCUUGUUACCUUCUCAAUGGUCUUCUGGGGAUGGAAGUUUUUGUUUGUUUGUUCAUUUGUUUAUAAAAAGUCUCUCUGGAAAAGAUUUAACUUAGAGGGACUCUUAGGAUACUUUGCUAUGAAUAGACAUUCACAUAGCAGGGAGACACCACUCAGUCAUUUAAAGAGGCCAUUGCCCGAAAGCAGGAAAGGGGGAUAUGGCAGCAGAAGUUGUCACUGAAAACUUUCCAGAUUGGUUAUUGUACUACAAGACUCCUGUUCAGAAAAUCCCCACUACUACCACCACCCAUGUUCUUUGUUUUCUCUGGAAUUCCUGAUGUGCCAAGGCUGUUUUUAUUCUGCAAUAAUCUUUGGAAUGUU